GUCAGUGUUCAGCUUUAAGAGUGUGAACCCAUUGGACUAAUGACGUGGAUACAUUUACAAUAGAUUGUUCUCCUCAUGUUGGCAAACAGGGCCACUUAGGUUCAUCUUUAUACAAACAUCAAACCAGUGGCAGAUGACCCAAUGGAAGACCCAACAGAGAAUCCAAUAGCAGUGAAGGUGGAGGAGCACUCUCAGAGUCUCAUUCUGACUUAUUUCCAUGGAGACAGCAGCAGUAUGGUGGAUGCACACUUUAGCCGAGCCCUAAACAAAGCCACUAAAGCAAAGGCACCUGCAGGCAAACCGAAGAAAAUACACAAAAAGAUCAAAAAAGAGGAUGUCAGAGUUUUUCAAAAUACCUCUGCAGACACAUACCCGGAGCCACAGGUUCGACCGGUAACAGAGCACCUUGUUUCUUUUAACCCUGCAGAAGAGUUAUGUGGCCCGUGGCACACGUUUCCCAGCAGGACAGGAGAGGGGUCGGCAGGGCCGCCCAAUGGCUGUUCACUGUCCCCUAAUGAUCUUAGUGCAACAGCACAGCACUGCUCUGCGUCUUUGCUCAAUCUGUUACACACUGACCGCACAGAUAUGCCCCCCAGCCUGUCUUCCAGCUCCAAAGCCGAGCUGCUCCCAAACUGGAUGAUGCCACAAAUGGACCCUUCCACUGUCUUUGAACCUGGACGCCGUUUAGAUAAGAAGGAUUUAUACUGGUAUUGAGGAGAACCAUGAGGAUCCCCAGGUUGACAAACAUGUCAUAUUAUAAACCCAAAGACUCGGACUGGCUAAUAACAUUGCUUCAGCACCUGCCUGUCUAAAGUGGAACAAGGUCUUGAGGGAACAGUCUCUGGUAAACCAGUUUGUCUGCUUUCACAUUCCAACAGUAAAUCACUGUAGGUCUUUUUAUAUUGUGUCAAGAUGAAGGGAUUUAGUUUGAGCCACCUGAGUGAGUGGGCCAGUAAAUUAUAAUACAGUAUUAAACUAAACAUUGAACACUGUGAAUAGGAAAUACAUUGUAACUUUACCUGAAGGUACACUGUGUAAUUUAUCUGGUGGAACCCUGGUCUCUUUGGAGAUGUUAUUGCUUUGUCUAGAUUAGAGUGUUCCACAGUUUGGCUUUAAACGUAUCUACUGCCAUGGAAACAAGCAUGUAACACCGCCAGACCAUAUAUCUGAUCAACCCUGCUCUCAGCAAUAAAGUAAUUUUAAGGUAUUUUGGAGCAAUAAGAAUACCUUUAAUGAAAUAAAUGCUAGAGAAAUAACAACUCCAUGGAGGUGACACACCUGCCACCAGAAAAUCUAUAUAGUACACCUUUAAUGAUAUUGUCUGUAUUUAGAGUUUACCUGUAUUUUUUUACACUGGGGUUUAUGAGAUUAUAUUUACACAAUUGUAUCUCUUCACACACAUUCUCAACUGUGUAAUUAGAAAUGUAAUGUAACGAUGCCCAAUGUGAUUCUAUUUAUCUUGUGUAAUAUAUUGUGUAAAAUUAUUAAAUUUACAUGUGUUGGAUAUAUAUCUCAUUAUAUUAUCAUCAAUACAAACAUUAUAA